AUGUCUGAAGUAACCGCCAACGCGGAGCGCCACUUCUCGGCUGCACAAGCCGAAGAGGAUCGCUGCCCAGAUGUCAACAAGAGUGUUGAAGUGUCUCUCUCCACCGGUAGCUCUGCCACCGAUUCGUUCGAUUCCUCCAACGAGGAAUCGUUUUCUUUCGUCAAGAAAGCCGGCGACGCCGAUGCCGCUUCCACGCCGUGGAAAGGCAAAGUUCGCCAGCUCUCUCGUGGCGCACUCGAGGGUCCCACGUCGAUGACGUCCGUCGGGGCGGUUUCCGACAUCUCGAUCUGCGACAUUUCGGUUGCCUCGGCUGACCCCAACGCGGAUCAACUCACUUUGCGCAAUGUGCAACAAGAGUCGGCCCAAAACCUGGCCGCCAUGAUGCAAGGCAUCAAAGCCGUGGCAAACAGCCACAAAGAGGACCACUCCAACCUCCAGCAGCGUGUGGUAAACCUAAACGAGACGGUGAAGAAACAGACGCGCGCAAACAAUGAUCUCGAGCGCAAGUUCGACCGCUUGCAGGGGAAGAUGACGGACGCCGUCUCUUCCACCGUCGCAGAGGCUUUGAAACUUCAUCGCCUCGACGUGAGCGAUCUGGAGACGCGAGUCAGCAGCCUCGACGCCACCACCGCCGCCACCAUCGCCGCCGCUACCACCACCACAGCAGAGGAGGUGAAUCUUCUUCAAGAUCGCCUAAACACCGCAGAGCAGACUGCGGCAGAGGUCCCUGCGCUCCGUGAGCGCAUCGCCGAGCUCGAAGCUGAGCAAGCAGCCACCGAGGCACAGCGCGCUACGGACUCGGCAACUCUGCACGCUGUCGUGGCUCGUCUGGACGCGCUGAGUGGAGAGAACGCUGCGCUUCACGAGCGUGUCAGAGUCAUGGAGAACACCCCGCCGCUCGCCACUGUCGCCGAGGUCGACACGGUCCGCGCUGCCGUCGACGACGGUAUCAGCGCAAUCGGUCAAGCUGUGACCGACGUGGACUCUCGCUGCUCGGCUCUGGAGGUAGCUUCCACGAGCGGCAAGCCCACGCGCGGCUGGAUUUUGCCCGUUGUCUGCCUCUUGGCAGUGGUCGGUCUCUGCGGGGUCCGCGCUUACGCCGACGCGAAGGAGCCGACGUUCUCUAGCUGGCUCAAGGCGCUAGACGAGCUUCCAGAAUACCUCGUUAGGUUCUGGAACGGGCCGACCCCAUUGCCCACCCUCGGACAGCUGGUAAAAAAUGCAGUGCUGGACAUUGUUGGGAAGACGCCAAGCCCCACGCCAGCGGUCACCUUCUCGUCUCUGGCCCACGACAUGGGCUCGACUGCAAAGGCCACGUUGACUCGCCUUGCGCAGCACACGGCCCCCUACCUUCUGGCCGUUCGUGGCUUCCUUCGCCCUCUCGUGGAGAAGACGAUCUCCCACACGCGCGCCCACUUCGUUCACUGUGUGGAGAUCAGUGCGCCACGUCUUCUGGCCGUUCGCGCUUUCCUUGGACCUCUGGUGGAGAAGACGAUCUCUCGCCUAAGCGCUCAAUUCGCCCACUGCGUGGAGAUCAGUGCGCCACGUCUUCUGGCCGUUCGCGAUUUCCUUGGCCCUAUCGCGAAGAAGACGAUCUCUGGCGCGAGCGCCCACUUUGCCCACUGUGUGGAGAUCAGCGCUCCUCUCGUUUCCGCUAUCAUUCGCCCCCUCGUGGAGAACGUCCGCUCGUGGGCAGCACUGGCCAAUGCUCACUGGAUGAGCAUUGGCCUUUGGCUUCAUCGCCACGUCUAA